AGGAGCCCCUCUAAGGCGGAGGAGGAGCGGGGUGGGGUCCCUCUUGUUGGGGCAGAGGAUGCUCCCCAAGAUACCGCUGAGGCUUUGAAUUUCUCAGAGGCGGGGUGGAGGUGGGGGGGCGGUGGCCUCCCUGUGACUGUUACCCACAACCAAAGGGUUGAGGGAUCCCCACGAGGGAGAGCGACAGCUGCUUGCAGCAUAUUCCUGCAACUGCCAGGGGCUGGCCCAAGGUCCGAUAUCCUCUCCCCGCAGUGUGUCCCCCACACCAGGCAACCCCAGCUUGCAGCCGGGUCCCCAGGGCCCUGCUUGGAGCCCCAUUGUGGGUGUGGGGGCGCUGAGGGGAAGAGAGAGAGCGCGGCCUGAGAGGUUGGAGGCGGCCCGGUCGGACUGACGCAGCGCUGGCGGCUGCCGCGGACAAGCAGGCCCAGGCCAGGGACCCCCGGCACCGCCGCCCGCCCGCGCGCCUCCUGCCACCGCGGCCCCGGGGGGCGCGAGCCCGGGCGGGCGCGGGGAGGCGCACGAGCGCGCGCCACGGGCGGGGGCGGGGGCGGGGGCGGGGGAGGGAGGGGCCGGCCCGCCGCGCCCCUCUGGCCCGCGUGUGGCCGCAGGCGCCAGUAGUCGCCGCCUCGGGGCUGAGCCGCACCUGGGAGUCCCGGCCGGAGCGCGCGCGGGCGAGUGUGUCUGCGCCGGCCCCGAGCUCCGCGCUCGCUCCCCGGGGCCGCGGUGCAUGUUCGCCUACUGCCGCUGUGUGCCGAGAGGCGGGGGGACCAUGAAAAUGAUCCACUUUCGGAGCUCCAGCAUCAAAUCGCUCAGCCAGGAGAUGAAAUGCACCAUCCGGCUGCUGGACGACUCCGAGAUCUCCUGCCACAUCCAGAAAACCGUCAAACUUGCUGUGUCAGAAAGCAAGAUAUUGAAUUUGAGCAAGCAGUAUGUGAGUAAACACUUCAGUGGUCAAGUUAAGAAAAGUCGGGAGUUGAGCCCCGGGCUCCCAGAGCUAGAAGACAAGAAGGCAGCCUCCAAGAGGGAGACCAAGGGGCAGUUUCUCAUCGACCACAUCUGCAACUACUACAGCUUGCUGGAGAAGGACUACUUUGGCAUUCGUUACGUGGAUCCAGACAAGCAGCGGCACUGGCUUGAACCUAACAAGUCCAUCUACAAGCAAAUGAAAUCUCACCCACCAUACACCAUGUGCUUUAGAGUGAAAUUCUACCCACACGAACCCAUGAAGAUUAAAGAAGAGCUCACCAGGUACCUGUUGUACCUGCAGAUUAAAAGGGAUAUUUUCCACGGCCGGCUGCUCUGCUCCUUUUCGGAUGCAGCCUACCUAGGUGCCUGUAUUGUGCAAGCCGAGCUUGGUGAUUACGAUCCUGAUGAGCAUCUUGAGAAUUACAUCAGUGAAUUUGAAAUUUUCCCUAAGCAGUCACAGAAGCUGGAACGAAAAAUAGUGGAAAUCCAUAAAAAUGAACUCAGAGGCCAGACCCCACCGGUUGCUGAGUUUAACUUACUCCUGAAAGCUCACACUUUGGAGACCUAUGGGGUGGAUCCUCACCCAUGCAAGGAUUCAACAGGAACUACGACAUUUUUAGGGUUCACUGCUGCAGGCUUUGUGGUAUUCCAGGGGAAUAAGAGAAUCCAUUUGAUAAAAUGGCCGGAUGUCUGCAAAUUGAAGUUUGAAGGGAAGACAUUUUAUGUGAUUGGCGCCCAGAAGGAGAAAAAAGCCAUGUUGGCCUUCCACACUUCAACACCAGCUGCCUGCAAACACCUUUGGAAGUGUGGAGUAGAGAACCAGGCCUUUUAUAAAUAUGCAAAAUCCAGUCAGAUCAAGACCGUGUCGAGCAGCAAGAUAUUUUUUAAAGGAAGUAGAUUUCGAUACAGUGGCAAAGUUGCCAAAGAGGUGGUGGAGGCAAGCUCCCAAAUCCAGAGGGAACCUCCAGAGGUGCACAGAACCAACAUUUCUCAGAGUCGAAGUUCCCACUCCCUGAACAAACAGCUCAUCAUUAACAUGGAGCCCCUGCAGCCCCUGCUGCCUUCCCCCAGUGAGCAAGAGGAGGAACUUCCACUGAGAGAGGGUAUUCCACUGCCCAAAGAAGAUAUUUCUGCCCCCCUGAUCUCUAGCUCGCCAGUGAAGGAAGUCCGAGAGUAUAAAGACCCCCCAAGUGAAGAAGAAGAUAAGCUCACAGAAGAGCCGCUGACCAUCUCAGAACUGGUGUACAACCCGAGUGCUAGUCUGCUGCCCACCCCUGUUGAUGAUGAUGAGAUUGACAUGCUUUUUGAUUGCCCCUCAAGGCUGGAGUUGGAAAGAGAGGACACAGAUUCGUUUGAGGAUCUGGAGGCAGAUGAACAUGCCUUUCUGAUGGCUGAAGAGGAGGAACUAAAGGAAGCUCACCGAGCUUUGUCCUGGAGCUAUGACAUUCUGAGAGGCCAUAUUCGGGUCAACCCGCUGGUCAAGAUUUUCUCCCGGCUCCUUGUGGUGGGCCUGGGGCUGCUGCUCUUUGUAUUCCCCCUGCUCCUCCUCCUGUUGGAGUCAGGUAUUGAUCUCUCCUUCUUAUGUGAAAUCCGCCAGACGCCAGAGUUUGAACAGUUUCACUAUGAGUACUACUGUCCUCUCAAGGAGUGGGUGGCUGGCAAAGUAAACGUCAUCCUCUACAUGCUGGGUUGCUCAUAAAGGUCCUAUCUCAUACAACUAAGGGCUAUAUUCAAUACUAGUGGUUAGCUUUUUGCAGCGAAGGCCUAGUUCUGAAUGGUCAGGGGGCCAUCCACAGUUAUUGCUUUACUCAUAACUGAUUAUUAUUAUUCAAACCUUUAUAAGCUUGCUUUCCAUAUGCCACUGCACAUCAAUACCUUUGAAUCUGAUAUGCUCAUAUAAGUUCCAGCUCUUGAAAAUGACCUUUAAGUAACCAAAACCCAUGUUUAUUUUCAUUAUAUUACUGACAUACUCUUUAUCAUAUAGUACACCGAGCUGAAUUAGAUUUCCCCUUUUUAAUAAUAACACCGUUACAAGCUAUGAAGCUGAGGAUCAGAAUUUUAGUAAAAAGCCAGUAGAAAGUUUUUGAAUAUAAUCCUUAGUGAGAGCAGCGUCCUCUAACCAUUGCCUAUACAAUGAAAUUUACGCUGGGGUUUUGUUUCUUUUUAAAUAUUUUUAUGUGUUCAAAAUAUUUUUGGUAAAGUUUUAGCAAAAAAAAAAAAAAAGAAGCCUCCUGGAGUUAUUUAAGUGUAGAAAUCAUACGAUUCAUGCACAAAGGGUAUGUUGGGAAUUUUCUAAUGUUUUCACAACUGGUUUGUUUUUUAAAAAAAAUAUUUUUUGAGUGAACAAUCUCAUAACUUGUUACCUGCAUAUGAGAUAGAAAAGAAGUGGGCAAAGGAACUGAGCUUCAGGUGGUCGGUCUGCCAGAGUGUUUAAAGAAGAUGGCUGGUUACUUGCCUUUGUAUUCUGUCUACAUGGUUGGGGAAGCAGGACAUUUAUCUUUCAAGAAAGUGAAACAUAGUUGAAAGAGACGGUAGUUACUUGCAUAUGACUGUAUAAUUAACCCAAGAGUGGAAGAAAAUGGGAAUUAAGUUGCCAAAAAAAAAAAUUGUGGUAGGUAAAUGAUCCUACGAAAGUGGCGGAAGGUAUUAGAUGAACUGGCACUAAUAUUUCUAAGUGGGGUCUAUACAGUAAAAAUAGAUGAACUUUAAGACAUGUUUUAAAGCCCUAUGCCAUUCAUUGUUAUCCUGUGGAAGGAACUUCAAAACAAGUGUAUGUGUGAGAGAGGGGAAGAGAAAGGACAUAGUUUGACUUGUAAAUGCUGAUGAUCUUCUCUUGCAGUGGCCAUUAUACUGGUCUCCUGAUAUGCUAACUCAUAAUUAAGGCUCCCAUUUCAGCUUGGCUGAUGUAGCAAAAUGAUUCACUCACCAGACAACAGAGGGAAUAAUGAUGCCUUUCUGUGCUGGCAGUUAACCAAUGCUGUGUGUGUAUGUGAGGGGGAGAGAGGAGAGAGAGAGAGAGAAAGAGAGAGAGAGAGAGAGAGAGAGAGAGGAAGUAUGGAACACUGGGAUAUCUCUGCAGAUUGAAAAAUGUUCCACUGCCUUCAUUUACAAAAUGCUCUCUCCCAAACUCCAGAUUUUCCACAUUGGUCAUUCCAAUUCUAGUCAUCCAGUGAAGCUGAGUGCUUAUCAGAUUUCAUUUUGACAGUAAGUUUUAGAUGUCAGCCCAAGCAACCUUCAGUUAUACAAACCUGAAUUAUAUUUGUUAAUAAAUCUGUAGGGUUCUUAACAUGCUUCCACUGAUUUAUUUUGCUUUUAAAAAUGUUUUCUAUAGCUUAUUUAGGGAGUUUCAAAUGACCAGCUUUGUACUUGAAGAUCUUCUUUCCCAUAUCACUUUUUAAGUCAUACCUCUGAUGUAAGGGUGUUCCAGUAUGUAGCAUGUAUGGAAUUAAUUCCUUUUCUAAUCACACUUUAUAUUUUUGAAAUUCACCUUGACCUCAUCUUUUAAAAGUUAUACUAAGUGAUAUUUUUUAAAUUAUGGAACUAAUUAUCUCCCACUGUAAAACAUUUAACAGAUACUAAGAGGAUAUAUAUCUUAUGUAGUUUAACCAUGUAGAUUUAUGUUAAGCAGUAAUGUAUUAUUUUAACACUUCCCCAGUUAACUUCUCUUUACUCUUAGGCAAAGACAUUUCUAUGCCAUAAGGAAGUUUUUAAGUGAAGGAGUUGAGAGAUUAAGGCCUAUUGAAUCUAGACAAUAACUAUCCAAAGGAACCUGGAAAUGCCAUUUUGUUGGGAUAGAAUCAGAGCCUCUUAGAGAUGUCCACUGCAGUUUUGUUAGAAGACAGUCACCAGUGGCCUGAAUCAAGUGAGGAUAGAAGACUGCUUCCAAAGAUGAAGAGUAUCUAAUGUAGUGAGAUAGAGUUCAAAGCAAGUGUGUGAGUAUAUGUAUAGUCCAUAAUGCUGGCACAUGAUUCUGUAAAUAUGUGUCUAUUCACAUAUACACAAUUAAUAUGCCCUCCCACAGAGCUGUGUGUGUGUUCCCCCCCCCCCGCAUUAAGAAAUCUGUGAUGUGUUGUUCCUUUUCCCUCUCAGGUAUCAUAGUGGAUAAAACACACAGUCUCAAAGGUUUAACUUUUCCAUGAAAACCACUGUGUGUACAGUUGUGGCUAAAUAUACAUAUAUAUGGCAAAUACAUAUACACACAAUCUUGCCUCUAGUGCUAAUUCAAGUUGGAUCAUGGAAGAAAAAUGUAGGUAUUGUAUAUUUCUGUCUGUGCUUGGAACAUAUUGUAAAAUGUUAUGUAUGUGGAUUAUAUCUUGUGGUUUGUCUAAUAUUUAUAAAGACAACUCUGGGAAGAAUUAAAAAUAAUUGGACUUAACUGAAAUAACUAGAGAUCUGGGGGUCAUGUUACCUGUGAUUGGAGCCUUAUCUUUGUAUAGUGAAAUUUGAAUUUAUGUCAACAUCCAGAUUGUUCUGUAUGUUAAUUUGGUGGCAGGAAUCCCUAAAUAAAAAUACUCUGGGGAAA